CCACCGGAGCCCGUAGUCUCUUUGGAAACUUCUGCCGGGGGAAAGAGCUAGGGAAGAGCUGCAAACCGGUGUGGGGUUUUUUCUCCUUUUUUUUUUUUUUUUUUUUUUGCUCCUUUUAAUUACCCCCUCCUCCGUUUGCACACUUCUCCGAGCUUCACGCGGAACCUGCGAAUUUCGAAGAGGUGGUGGCAGAGUGGCAGCAAAGAGGUGUUAGGGAUUUGGAUUUGGGGCUUUUUUUUUUUUUAAUUUCUUGAUUUCAACAUUUUCCCCCACCCUCGCGGCCACAGCCGCCGCCUCUUACCUGUUCCGCGGCAGCCGCGCGCGCCGCAGGCAGCUGAAGGGUAGAAAGGAGCAGGGUGUACUUUAGAUUUUAAACAAAAUUUUGGAGGACAAACCCAUUUUUCUCCCUCUGCCCUCACCCCCUUCGCCUCCACAGCCUCCGAGCGCAUUAUUCCGGUGGUUGCUGUGGGGUGAACAAUUUUUGGCUUUUUCCUCCCUGUAAUUCUGACCAGGUCCGGCCCGGCGCGGGGGGGAGGGCUGGUUUCUCCCACCUCCACUCCCUCCGCGUGCACCUGGCGCGGCUCUUCUCGCCACAACCUGUUGCGAGUCCUUUAAUCCUUGCAUUUGGGACUUGACUGCAGGCACCUCAGCCCUCCAUCUCUCCCUACAUUUUGCAGUUGUCUAGGGGGAGGGCACCUGCGCUACCUGCCAGGAAAAAAAAAAUUUUUUUUUAAUUUCCCCGGGCGCCCUUUUCGUCCCUCUCUCCCUACACUCUCGCUCUCGUGCCCCGCCCCAAGGUAAAGGGGAAGACACGGAGAAGAUGGUGCUCACCGCGGUCCUCCUGCUGCUGGCCUCCUGUGCGGGGCCGGCCCAGGGCCUGGGCUCCUUCGUGCACUGCGAGCCCUGCGACGAGAAAGCCCUCUCCAUGUGCCCCCCCAGCCCCCUGGGCUGCGAGCUGGUCAAAGAGCCGGGCUGCGGUUGCUGCAUGACUUGCGCCCUGGCCGAGGGGCAGUCGUGCGGCGUCUACACCGAGCGCUGCGCCCAGGGGCUGCGCUGCCUCCCCCGGCAGGACGAGGAGAAGCCGCUGCACGCCCUGCUGCACGGCCGCGGGGUUUGCCUCAACGAAAAGAGCUACCGCGAGCAAGCCAAGAUCGAGAGAGACUCCCAUGAGCACGAGGAACCAACCACCUCCGAGAUGGCAGAGGAGACCUACUCGCCCAAGAUCUUCCGGCCCAAGCACACCCGCAUCUCCGAGCUGAAGGCCGAGGCCGUGAAGAAGGACCGCAGAAAGAAGCUGACCCAGUCCAAGUUUGUGGGGGGCGCUGAGAACACUGCCCAUCCCCGGGUCAUCUCUGCACCUGAGAUGAGACAGGAAUCUGAGCAGGGCCCCUGCCGCAGACACAUGGAGGCGUCCCUGCAGGAGCUCAAAGCCAGCCCACGCAUGGUGCCCCGGGCCGUGUACCUGCCCAACUGUGACCGCAAAGGAUUCUACAAGAGAAAGCAGUGCAAGCCUUCCCGUGGCCGCAAACGUGGCAUCUGCUGGUGCGUGGACAAGUAUGGGAUGAAGCUGCCAGGCAUGGAGUAUGUUGAUGGGGACUUUCAGUGCCACACCUUCGACAGCAGCAACAUUGAGUGAUGCGUCCCCUCCCCAUCCUUCCCUCGCCCCAUCCCACCCCCAGCCCCGACUCCAGCCAACACCUCCCUCCACCCCAGGACGCCACUCAUUUCAUCUCAUUUAAGGGGAAAUACAUAUAUCUAUCUAUUUGAGGAAACUGAGGACCUCGGAAUCUCUAGCAAGGUCUCAACUUUCAAACCGGCAACAGCAAGAUGCAAAAAGCUAAGGAAACCCGCCCCUCCCUUGAAAACGGUUUUCUUUUUGAAGCAAGUUGAAUGGACAGGGAGGGGAAGGGAGGAGGAGCACGAGAGAGAAGGGAAGAAAGUGCACGUGUAGAAGAGAGGGGGAGAUAAACGGAGUUUCGAAAAAGGAAAGAAGAAUGUGGGCAGGAAGGAAAGAUCACCGGGACCGUGACCGGACCCACCUGUCGUGUCCGGCCCUGGCCUGAGUUGGGAGAUGGGAGACGUUUGGGCACUAGAAGGUAUGGCCCAAGGUGUGGCAUUCCAUGACACCCUUGGGGGCUUUCCCGACUGGAUUGGUCGUGCAGGGGGAGAAAGGGAAAGACAGAAGGGGUCAGUGCCUCUCCUGGAUCUUUCUCCACCUCCAGCCAGCAAGCUGCAUGGCUCGAACCCGCCCCUCCUCCCCGCUCACGCAGCAGAGGGUUCUCCCUCCCCAAAACUUCUAAAAACAAAAAUGCAUUCCAUUCUUCUCAAAACAAAACAAAUGAAUAACCGAGUGCUACUAGAUAGAUAGAUUUUCCUAAGCAGAUACACAAAGACUAAGUUUGUGUACAUCUUUCACUCCCCGUGCAGCCUUUUAGAACCCAGUACACACCCCCAGAGUGGAGAGACUUGCUUCUCCAGGUUGACUAGAUCAGGCCGACACGCACCACCGUGGUUUCGGCUGCUCAUUGCACUCAAUUCACUAUUAGCACGGCCUCUGUGGGGGGAGGAUGAAAACAAGGUGGCCUCGUAUUUAUCUAUGAGGCUCCAUGUAGUCGUAUAUAAGGCAUAUAAAUCUAUUUUCUUUCUAUUUUUUCCUUCUUCCUUUCUUUCAAAGUUUUGCAUUAACUUUUCAAAGUAGUUCCUACCGGGGGGGGGGGGGGGGGGGGGGGGGCACUGAGGAACGUCCUCAUUUGGGGAGAAAAACCAAGAAAACCCAUAUUCUUCCAACACAACCCUUAACUCUAGUUUUGCCAGCCUCCCUCAAGCGGCAAACUCAACCCUUGGUGGGCCACGGUGUUGGAUUUUUUAAACGAUUUCCUCUGUGCGUGUGUCCGUCGGCACCACCAAGCCAGGUAGAUGAGGGCUGUCUGCCCCUGCCCCCUGCCCCCUCCCCGUGCCCUUAGUGCAUCCUUUAGACCCUCUGGAACUAACUAACCGGCUCGGGCCCUGCACCACUGGAGCACGCCAAGUCCAAGUUUAACCCACUGGUUCUGCCCAGGCUUUUCGUUUCAUCCGGGCAGAGCCUGCAUUUUGAAAGCCUCUCUGGGCCUUCACGCUGGCAGAGCAGGAGAGACACUGAGGGGACUUGAUGGCAGCAAGCAGGAUGGAAGCGAACCAGUUUCAAUACAGGAACAAUAAAAGUGAUUGCAUUGCGCAGCCGCAGUAGAAGGAGUAUGGAGGGCUGGGGCUGGAGGGAGGGAGGUGGUGGGGGAGGGGGACUGCUCUGUUCCAGCUUUGGAGCAAAGCAACAGAAAGCGGGGACAAAGCCGAGAGAAACUUCCCCGGCUUCCCACCCUCUAUGCCUUUUGGGAUUCAAGAGGAAAGAAAGAGAAAAAUGGGGGUACAGUUUCCCAGAAAGCAAUGAGCUUAAUCGAGGCCUGAGAGCCAGGAAAGGUGGGCAACUUGAGGGGGGUCCUAGACCCUCACCUCUGGACAGGAGCAAGGAACAGCAGAGAGAGAUUGGCCGUGGUUUUGAAGGGACAAGACCAUGCACUCAGGUGGCCACCUUCAACCCUCAAUGAGGGACUGAGGCCAGAGUCUUUCAAGCCCUGCACGGGCCUGUGCAGGCCGUGUCCCUGGCGUGGAGGAUGGAAGAAAAGCCCAGGACGACCAGGAAAUGGAUGCUGUGAGGGGGCUGCCGUUGGCAGCCAGAUUCUGAAACAAGAAAAUACCCAUUCCUGCUGACUUCCUCCACAAAUUGGCAGCCGUGGGGCUGUCCUCUGAGGCUGGAGAUGACCUGCCAGGAAAGGGAGCUUGGACCCUGGCAAAGGAGACCCCUUCUUGCUGCGAACGCUGCCCUCUCCACUCUCUCCUGAUGACGUGACACCAUGGAGGCCACCCCGACACCGAACUUGGGGCAAUGAAGAGGGAAGCAGAGAAGCAGAUAGAUUUCGGCUGGUGGGAAACUUGAAGCUGUGGAACUCGAUGUGGGGGGGGGGGUCUCCUGUCCCCCAACAGGACAAUUGGCUGGGACAGGAAAGAUGGUCGAUUGUCAUAGGACAAAGGGCCCUAUGAGGAUGGCAGCCGCGAGGACUUACUUGACCUGCCGCGUCGGUGCGCCCCAUCUCUCUGCACAACUGUCCCCAAACCCCAACUCAUUGUUUCUGUGUCUUAGGCCAGUAUUGUAAACUUUUCCCAAGCCACUCUCCCGUUUGCCCUUUCUUUUUGUGGACCUUGAGCAGUCUUCUAACUGGGAUCUGCCGAAUGGAUACUGGGGUGCCAUUCCCCCUAAGAAAAGACUGAGCCAGGAAUUGCAUACCCCUCCCCACACCCCUCCCAAGACCUGGACCUGGUUCUUGAGAGGAGCUGUCUCUUUCCCCUGCUGUUUACUGGACUCUGGAGGGCAUCUGUCCCUGACUUCGGCCCUUUGCUGUCGGCCACGAGGCGGGGGGGAAGGAUGGCCUGGUUUAACCCCACCAGCGUCUUCAGGCUUCUGCCAUUGAGGCUGCCUCCCUGGGGCCUGUGAGGCCAGCGUUUUUGCAGAGGGUGACUGGUCGGCUGGCCACUCCCCAAAGGAUGCUGGUCCUUCGUGACGGAUGAGAGUAACCUCCCAGGAGGGAGGCCUGGCCCGGAAAGGGAGUCAUCGAGGAAGAUGGAGCAUCCCUGGGGCAGGCAGGAGGGAAGGCAGAUGGGCAACACCACCAGCUGGGGGCCUGAGCAGGGACCUUCUUGAGUCCAGGCUGCCUGAUGGCUACUGUUUAUUCGCCUGGAGGCCUUAGGCUCCCGGUUUUCAGUGGCCUCAAGACUCGGUAUUGCCUCCCCCCCAACAGAAGGCCUCUUCACAUCCCCCUUUGACCCAUGCCUCACUCUCACAGUGAGAGGACAUCCGUCCUUUCCACACCGCUGCCCGGUGACCAAGGGAGGCCUAGCCAGGACCGAGCCUCCUUCCUCCAGAGCUUCCUUACCCACCUGGGCAAAGCAGGGCAUCUGGGACGGAAGAGACUCGAAAGUUCUCAGACAGCCAGGCCUGGACAGCCAGGCCUGGAGACAUUCACUCACACACACACACACACACACACACACACACACACACACACACACACGGGAGGACGGGAGGCCCAGGAGGCCUCGUGUGGUCUACCUCCUGUCUCCUCCCCCCUCCCCCCCACCUCAUUGGUCUCCACGGUAACCGCAGGGUCAGCCUCCCCUGGGGGAGAUGGGCCUGACCUCUGCUCUCCCACCACCCAGCGUGUUGGCAGCCACAGGGCCACCAGGCCGCCGCCAAGUCGCCCUCAAGUUGGCCCACGGCCACCCCUCUCCCUCUGCUCAGCCCCUUCCCGAGAGGGCUGCCGUGCAGGGGGGAUCUCGAGAGGGGAGUGGGCCAAGGAGAAGCAAUCCUUGGGCUCAAGGAGGACAUUUCUGGCUUCUGAGAGGAAGGAGGCCGGGUUUUGAGAAGCGGCUGCACAAGGGGAUGGGGACCUGACAGCCGGCCACCUGGGUGUUGUACUGUCUUUAUUUUUAAAACCACUAAGUGCAAGACUUAUUUUUGCACUUUUCUCCACUUUUUUUCCCUCCUAGGUUUUUGUUUCUUUUUUUAAACCUACUUUCUUGGUUUUCUAAUGGAGUAUAUAGGUUAGCCAUUUUCACAGACUCUGGCCCCCUCUCCAAUGGGGAAAGGGAAGGUGGGGAAGGCCAGCCGCCUGCGCCUGGCACACUGCCCCCCACCUACCUCCCUGGUCCCCGGCCACCAGCCUGAGUCCCAAAUCUCCCGCCACCACCACCUCCACCACCGCACAGUAGCCCACAUGGAUAGACAGUUGUCAGACAAGAUUCCUUCAGAUUCCGAGUUGCCUACCGGUUUUUAUUUCUCUUUUCUUUUUUUAAGACAGCAAUAACCACAGCACAUAUUACAGUAGCUCUUCGUAGUUUUACGUACAUACAUACCGUAACUCUCUGUCUCCUUUUGUUUUGUUUUCAACUUUUUUUUUUAAAUAAAUGCUCAUAAUCUUUACUGGUGAAAAGGAUGAAAAGAUAAAUCGACAAAUAAAACCAGUUUGUGGGGAAAAAAAAAAAGCGGGAAAAAAAUCACCUGAAUGCUGAGGGGCUCGCCUCCUGUUUAGCAUUUUGUACCUGAGGAAAUAAAAAACAAAAACAAAAACAAAAAGCCAGAGGAUCUCACGUUUUAUUAAAAAAAAGUGAAGAUUGCUGUAUACUAUUUAUUCAACUUAUAAUUUAUGUUACUCCUUGAUCUUUGUCUUUUGUCAUGACAAAGCAUUUAUUUAAUAAAGUUAUGCAUUCAGUUA